AUGGAAAGAAACAGAAAAGUAAGAUUGUUGAUCCUAGUGGGCUUUAAGUGCAAGACAUUUAAGGUGUCUACUAGUGCUGAGCCUUUUCAACUGUCAUGUCUACUAAUGCUCAUUUCCAUUACGUAUGCAGGACUUGAUAUUCAUGGUGUUCUACUCUUCAGAACUUUGAUUGGAAAGAUAUUUGGAAGCAUUGAUUCUGUGGGAGGUGGCCUUGCUUUAGGUAAAGGAGGCCCUCUUGGCUCCACAAAAUAUCAUCUAAGUUUGAGGUGGCUUCAAGUUUUCAAGAGUGACCGCGAUCUUCGUGAUCUUAGGAGGCCAUCAAGAUAGGAUGUUCUCGAGGAAUGGGGACGUGGAGUGCCCGCUUCUGAAUGGUCUUCUAGUUCAAGAUCGAAUGCCUGGUUGAAAUUAUUGUCUGGCCUUUCUAUUUGGGAGACCCAUGUUGAUUCUGCUGUCCUAUCUUCUUCAAAGACUGAUUCCUUUUAGCUUCCUCCAUUUUCUUUGUCCUAUGUCAUCAGUUUGUUUCCUUAGCUUCAUCUCCACAAAUCCUCCUAGAUUAUAGGCUCGACAAUGUUCAUUAAUUUGUAACCCCUUUCAUGGAGGGGAUCAUAAUCCACACCCAUCUAAGAUUUUGUACAUCUGAUGAUAAUUGUUAUGAAGAGAAUUCAGAUGGCGAUGAGAAACGAAAAUGCAGAUAGAAUUUGUUUC